AAGCUUACAAAACAUGCCAGUGUAUAUAAUUCUUUAAGUUGGAAGACACAAAGUUUGCAAGUCAUGGCUUCUUAUAGCCCUAAACUUUUAGAAAAGAAAUACAAUAACUGGGUUAAAUCUCAGUUAGCAGUGUUGUUGACUAAAGAAGGUAUUGAACCUUUUGUUUGCAAUGAAAUCAAACAAUUCCAAUUGAAAUGCUUAGAUGAUAUAUGUUACCAAAAUGGACUAUUUAGUGGGACUUUGUGUUCGAAUUGCUGUACAGAAAAUGUUAUCAAAUGUCCAACAAAUAGAAUAUGUAAUGUUGGACGCGGAAAAUGCAGUUAUCAUCGAAAUGCUGCAACAAGGUAUAAUCCUGCCGGCUGCCCUAACAAAAUAUGUCAUAAUUUCACAACUGAGAUACAAAAUGUACAUAGGUACUCUGGUCCAUCUUACAAAAACACUGAUGCUUCACAGUGGUGUAGUAAUUUCUGGGAAGUGGCGAAAUGCUUCAUGCCUCCAGAUGGGUAUAAAGAUAAAACGUCUGCAGCAGAAACAGACUUCAAUGGUAUAAUCAGCGUUAUUCUCAAUUACAAAGACUUCCAGGGGAAAAUACAUGAAAACCUCAAUAAUAAGGCGAAUAUGUUUGAGGAGGCAAGGGAAAUUGGAAGAAAAGUGCGACAUUCUUCAACACUUGAAAUAGAGGAUACAGAUCUUCAAAAAUACUUAAAACUAUUACAGAAACUACUUUCUGAUAAAGUAUAUUUAGCUACAGACACGCAUGCACAGAAUGCUAAAAAGAAGCUGACAGAGUUAGAAAAUGAUAUUUUAAUCAUUGGUAAAGAUGAUGUAAGAAAAGUACUAGACUAUGUGGCAAAGGCAAUACAAGACAAGAUGAAGGCUGGAUUAGACGAGCAAUAUGACAGAAUUAAACUAGAUAUGAUAAAAAGAAAACAAGAAGAUCUUCUAUCUCUUCAGUCACAAUUAAAAGAUGAAGCUGAUGCUUCUGUUAAAAGACUGCAUGAAGAACGGGACAAAGAAGUUGGGAAAAUUCAUGAACAAGGAGAAAAAGAACGAGCAGACCUGGCUGGAUUAGGAGAGACGUUACAAAAAGCACUGAAAAUAGCAAGUAAAGACGAGAAAGAAAAAGAAUAUAUUGAUUCUAAACAAAAUCUGAAGGAUGAACUAAUUGCAUGGUACAACACCUAUCAGAGUACAGUUCCUCUUUCACCACUCACAGAUGAUGACCAUACCCCUCUAGCUGGGUUCUACAUUAUGCCAGAAAUUGACAUACAGACGAAUCUUCCAGGUGGAAGGAAAGAAACAACUAGAGUCAAGUCGUUACAUGACCUGUUUACAUCGGGUAGAAAAGUUCCAAGGGACAUAUAUUUAUCAGCGGUCGCUGGAUUUGGGAAAACAGCAUUUUCAAAAUAUCUCGCUAUAACAUGGUGUCAAGCUCAUAAAAUGGAUGAAAAUUAUAACCAUUUUAAAAAAGAAGAAUUGGAGGCGAUAUCUGGCUUUGAGUUUUUAUUUCUAGUGCUAUUGAGAGACGUAGAUACAGAAUGUGAUGUUGACAACAUGAUUGAACAACAAAUCAUAAAUAAUCUUCGUUGUAAAUCUGAAAUACCAAAAACUCUUUUAAAUGACAUUUUACGCAAUGAAAAAUGUCUUGUUUUACUAGAUGGACUUGAUGAAUGGUUUCAUCCUGACAACGAUUGUUCAAGACUUCCAAAAAGUAUUCCUCAUCGGUAUGCACGUGAAAAGUGUGUAAUCCUAACAACAACCCGGCCAUGGAAGCUUGGAGUCUCAAACUUGAAGACUAAUCAAGUAGACAAAACUGUGGAGCUAGUUAAACUAGAUAAACAAAAUGUAAGGCAGUUUAACCUAAACGCAAUGAAAAUAUUGAAAGGCAACAUUGAAGAAGAAAAACUGAUCAUUGAAGUUUGUAGAUUUGAAGAGGAAAUUAGAAACCAUGACCUUGAUGAUAUGGAAUCCACCCCUCUCCUGUUGCUAUAUCUUAUAUGUUUAUGGAUUGCAAAAAUUCCAAUAGGAAAUUCCGCAGUAGAAUUAUAUACAGGCAUGAUUCAGCUCCUUCUAUCUAGAACAGAAAAGUUACAUGGAAUGUUUCAUUCAUCAUGUGAAACAUCCCCUAGUAAUGUUCCAGAAUGUUUCAGAAAACAUCAACAUUGCUGUUGUUACUACACGUUUCUGGUGACCAUUGGGAAACUAGCUUUUAAUACAUUGUUCAGUAAGAAAAAAGAGCACAAAUUAGUUUUUGAUGAAAAUGUUGCAAAAAAAUAUCUUGGCCAAGAAGAUUUGAAAUCAAGCUGUCUAUCAGGAAUAUUAUCAGAAAGUAAAGUGAAAACAUUAAUAAAUGAAAGUUCUAAAAUCUCAUUUUCACAUAAAACAGUGCAGGAAUACUUUUCAGCAAUAUUUAUAAGUUUUCAAUACGCAAGUGAAGUUCAAAAAAUCAUUUUUGAAGAGUGCAACUGUUUACUAAAUAUCCUAGAUAUGUCAAAAGUGUUUGUCUUUAUUAGUAACAUGAACCCUAAAUUAAUGUCUACAAUAUCAAGUGAUUGGAUGCCUGUGAUAAACAAUGAUGGAAAAACAAGCAAAUACAGAACUUUGACAUAUUAUGAUUACAUGUACAUUAAUCCAUUACAAGACACACAAGACAUGUACAUUUCUUGUGCCAAAGAAAGCCAGGAAAACAAAGACCUCAAAUUGAGUUUACAAGAUUUCUUCAUUAAUGAAAAAUGUAAACAAGAAAACUACUUCAAACAAUUACAACAUCUGUGUCACCAAAAUAAAGAAAACAUGAAAUCAAUUAUGAUACAAAAUAAAGGUAUUUGUAGUCUACAAGAAAUUAUCAGUUUGUUAACACUCGCUGACCUUCCACAUAUAGAGAAAUUAUACUAUCAAGGUGAAAUUGUAGAAGAGGAAAUAAUGAGCUUGUUAUUGAAGCCUUUAAAAUGUUUAACUGUGUUAUCAAGUAAAUGGAAAAAUCAUAAAUUUGUAGAAGAACGUUGCCAGCUGUCUGCAAAGAUAAAUGGACGACUGGUAAAAUUACAACACCUGGAGUGUUUAAAUAUAGUUUGUUUCACUAUGACCCACGAGGUAAUGGAGACAUUGUUAAAUUUACUCACUAGUAAAAAAUCAAUGAAAGAUAUAACAUUGUGCAUUUUAUACUGUAGUGAUCAUGGUACUUCAUGUAAGGGAUUCAACCUUGACCUGUCUCAACAUUCACAACUAAGAAGUUUAGGAUUGGUCAGGAUACCUGUGUCACAAUUAAACAUGGAUGUAUCAUUGUUAGAGGAAUGUAUUGUAGGUGAAUUAUAUAAACCUGGUGUUGUGUCAUCUUAUCUCAGUCAACUACCAGCAGCCAGUAAACUACAAACAUUUAGGUGUAGUGAUCUAAAAUCUCCCAGUGACAUAGAAACAAUGUUACAAACAUUAUCAGUGUUAUAUCAUGUGAAAGUUGUUAUUUUGUAUAGAAUCAAUCUAGGUGAAAGAUCAUUAACACUGUCACCUCAAAUGAUCAAUAUUGAACGUGUUGCCUUGUAUAAGAUAACAAUGUCUUGUUCAGUGUUAUAUGAUCUCAUUACUGUUAUAAACAAACUACCACAUACAGUGACAGUACUGUUGUAUGGUUGUGAUAUAAAACCAGAAACAGAAUUUGAAAACUUUAAAACAUUUAUAAAACAAUCAGACAAGUUUGUGGUCACCAUUGAUGACACCGAGAAGUCUGGAGAGUAUGGGUUUGAGUUUAAAAAAACAACAACAAGUACUGAGUAACAUUACAUGUACUUGGGAGAAACAAUUUAUAAAUAGAUUAUGAGACAAGUGACAGGUGAAAUAGACAUCAUUAUUUUUAUUUUGAGUCUGAGAUUUAAUCAAUACUUUGCUGUUCAUAACAAUGUGAUGUGAAUGGAAACUGAGGAUUUUCUUACUGGGACAACAAAUGUGGAUUAAUUUUAGAUGUAUUUUACCCAAGUAAGUGUUGUUUAUUUCUUUACAUGUACUUUAUAACAGUAAUAUGUGGCAUAUACAUUGAUGCUCCUGGGCCUGGAAGCAUUAUUAGCCUUACUAUAAAGAAUGUCAU